CAGCGGUGAACAGUCGUCGCCUUUCAUUUCCUUGCCCCCAAAAAUCAACAAAUCUCUCCUUUCCCCUACCAAAAUCUCCACCGGCUGCUUUUCAGACCCGACGUCGCCUGUUGUCCACCUUCGACCUUCUUCACUUUUUUGUCGUCAAAGUCGUAAACCACCAUCCCAGUAAAACCGCCAAAAUGCGUGAGAUUGUCCAUCUUCAGACCGGUCAGUGCGGUAACCAAAUUGGUGCCGCCUUCUGGCAGAUUAUCUCCGGCGAGCACGGCUUGGACAGCAAUGGCGUGUAUGUGUUAUCGUCGGGCCUCGCAUCAUUCGAAUAACCACUCACCGCUCCCAUAGGUACAACGGCACUUCCGAACUCCAGCUCGAGCGCAUGAAUGUCUACUUCAACGAGGUACAUACCAACACGAUGCCUUCACCGCUGUCACAUCACCAUAUCAUGGCUAACACCUUUGUUCCUUCAGGCUUCCGGCAACAAGUAUGUUCCCCGCGCUGUCCUCGUCGAUCUCGAGCCCGGCACCAUGGACGCUGUCCGUGCCGGUCCCUUCGGCCAGCUCUUCCGCCCCGACAACUUCGUCUUCGGCCAGUCCGGUGCUGGCAACAACUGGGCCAAGGGUCAUUACACUGAGGGUGCUGAGCUUGUUGACCAGGUCCUCGACGUUGUCCGUCGUGAGGCCGAAGGCUGCGACUGCCUCCAGGGUUUCCAGAUCACCCACUCCCUUGGUGGUGGUACCGGUGCCGGUAUGGGUACCCUUUUGAUCUCCAAGAUCCGCGAGGAGUUCCCCGACCGUAUGAUGGCCACCUUCUCCGUCGUGCCAUCGCCCAAGGUUUCCGACACCGUUGUUGAGCCCUACAACGCCACCCUCUCCGUCCAUCAGCUUGUUGAGAACUCCGACGAGACCUUCUGCAUUGACAACGAGGCUCUCUACGACAUCUGCAUGCGCACCCUCAAGCUCCCUAACCCCUCGUAUGGUGAUCUCAACCACCUCGUCUCCGCCGUCAUGUCCGGUGUGACCGUUUCUCUCCGUUUCCCCGGCCAGCUCAACUCUGAUCUCCGCAAGUUGGCUGUCAACAUGGUUCCUUUCCCUCGUCUCCACUUCUUCAUGGUCGGCUUUGCUCCCCUGACCAGCCGUGGCGCCCACUCUUUCCGCGCCGUGUCCGUUCCCGAGUUGACCCAGCAGAUGUUCGACCCCAAGAACAUGAUGGCUGCUUCCGACUUCCGCAACGGUCGUUACCUCACUUGCUCUGCCAUCCCGUGGCAAGGUCUCUAUGAAGGAGGUUGAGGAUCAGAUGCGCAACGUGCAGAACAAGAACUCGUCUUACUUCGUUGAGUGGAUCCCCAACAACGUCCAGACCGCUCUCUGCUCCAUCCCUCCCCGUGGCCUCAAGAUGUCGUCGACCUUCGUCGGUAACUCUACUGCUAUCCAGGAGCUCUUCAAGCGCAUUGGCGAGCAGUUCACUGCCAUGUUCCGUCGCAAGGCUUUCUUGCAUUGGUACACUGGUGAGGGUAUGGACGAGAUGGAGUUCACUGAGGCUGAGUCCAACAUGAACGAUCUCGUUUCGGAGUACCAGCAAUACCAGGAUGCUGGUGUUGAUGAGGAGGAGGAGGAGUACGAGGAGGAGGCCCCCGCUGAGGAGGAGUAGAACACCAACGACGUGUCCCCUCUACUACCGGCGGCUGGCCUACAGGAUCAUGCCGGCGUUGAUAUUGAGCAUCAUCCACUAGGCGGCUUGUCGACGGAUCGUUUAUUGGCUUAAGGAUGACUAACCCUGUUUGGAAGCGUUCUUGACGUGUAGCCCUUUUUUGUUGGUGGAUAAUGGAUUAUUGAUUAUAUCAGUUGGGCCCGCCGUUGAAAAAGCUGCUUCUGUGACAUCUUUCUUUUUGCCCCGUGCCUUCAGUUCUUUAUUGCGAUGGAGCCGGUGUUUCGUCGGUGGGGGGUUGAUCCGGUCAAAAUACUAGACAUGGAGGCAGGGUCCGUCUGGGAUGGCCUCCUUUUAUUCAAACAUAGUACAUUAGAAAAUAUAUGCGCACGCAUGGUGGUAAUUACCAUUGGGG